AUUUACGGUGAUACUGAGGUCAAGUCGGACAGGUUAAUAUACUUCCGAAUUAAUUAUGCUCGCAAGGCAGGUUGGAAGUGUGAAGCACUGAGUAGAUGAUGAAUAACCAAAAACAGUCGCCACCCCCUAAAGAGGGGAUCGAAAACAACGACAAAAUCAUUACUGAAGACAAGAACUACGAGUUUGACGAUCUUCUAAGGCUCACCGGGAAAUUUGGUCGCUAUCAAGUGGCUCUUUACGCCUUCAUCUGUUUGGUGUCGAUUCCAACUGGCGCUCAGCUCGGCAUCCCAGUUUUUUACGGUAUCUCUCCUCCUUUUAACUGUAAGACCAUCGCUGGAAAUGGAACUUGUUCAGCGGGGAAAUGCUGCUCGAGUUGCGUGAAAUACGAUUUCAAAGGAAGUUUCACUAGUGCAGUGUCUGAGGUAAGAACCAUUUCUCUCCUUGAGGCAUAUCGAUUUCUAGAUGACAUCAACUGACUAUGAGUAGCUAGUUUUCCACUUGCUCACCAUCGUUACCUGUCUUUUUUUGUGAUAAUUAACGACCUUUUUCCUGGGAUGAAGCCCAUGAUCAUAGUCAUAGCCCAAAGUAAAAACUUCAAUUGGUGUUUUGUAUUUCCGGCAAACGUGUGAAUAUUCGUGAGUAUCGUAACCAAAAGAUGACCUGAAACGCCUAGAAUUGAGAAAAAGCUGUAAUUGAUAUUUUAGAGACAAUACUGUGUUCGAGACGAAAAUUUACUGAUCUCUGUAAUCAUACUAAAUUACAGCGUCCUCUACGUCCAGAUUGGUCUUACUUCAAAUAUUUUUUAAACUUGAAUCACCACCCCAUUUUAAAGGCGGGUCCCUUCUUGAUAACCCUGGGACCGGGAGUACGUGACUAUCGUUGUGUCGUAGUAUACUUUGCAUAAGCCUUUCCAAAAAUAUCACGGAAACCCGAUUACUUCCUCCCCCGCCCCUCCUCCCUCAACCUAGAUGUCCACGUAUUGUAUUUGUGGACAAGCCCAGUUAUUACCAACCAUUUUUUCGCCGAAAAACGCUGGCUACGCGCGAGUCUGGGAAAAGCUUAGUCCAUGACUUUUUUAAAAAUGCCUUAAAGAAUAGUUUUUUCCUUGCUAAGAUUUUAUCCUGCGGGUAGCUAAUCAGAACACAGGCUUUUCUUCAACUUGCCCUUUGACGGAGCCAGCCAGUGGUGCUUGCCUGUUUCCUAAUUGUUUUUUUAGUGGGAUAUGAUAUGUGAUCGUCGCCAUUUACGUGCCAUGAGUCGAGCGGUUUAUAUGUUGGGCAUAUUAGUUGGUUCUGCUGUGUUUGGUGCUGUAUCAGAUCAUUUUGGGCGAAAGAUUGCGUUUUUUACCAGCAUUGGAGUCAUGGUGAGUGUAUAAUAUCUAUCCCUCAGCUUCAAGGGGGCUUUCUUAUUUUGGUACGUUCCGCCAAAUCAAACAGGGUGUGGUUUUCGGGGUCUUGCGUUUAAUGAGGGUCUUGAACAGGGUAUAUUUCUGAACCGGAAGCCGUGAACGAGUUUUGAACGUUGGCGGCUCGCUGACUAGAAUUUAAUUCCCUGAUGUCAGUUAAAUAAUAAAAUAAAAUAAAUAAUAAUAAAAAAGAUAUUUCUGAGAGAGAAAUAAAAAGAGACAGGGUCGUGAAAAAUAGUCUUUUGUACAACAUGGGUAGCGAAAUGAGUUAAGGUCGGGGUUUGAAGGGUUAGGCGGCUUUCCUCUCCCAGAACUUCCAAGUUUCUCUCCCGUGGGGGAACUCCUGGGAAUUCUUGGUGGGGCUGUGCAGCCCGGUUCCCCAAAUCCUGACCCUUUUUCAGACCAAGAAAGGUCAUUUUCCGCACCCGUUUUCAGACCAGACCUCUGAAAUCCUUACCAGUUUUCAGACCUGGCCUUUAGGCAGAAAUUGUCACCAUUACUCAGAUUAGGGCGCAAACAAAAAUUUUUUUAAACCAUUUCGAAUUCGCAUAUUUCUCUUUCUUUCUUACUCAUUUCGAAAACCCUACCCGAUGGGACGGCACAUACCUAUAUAGCUUAUAUAAGGCUCAUGGGGCCCCCAAAGAGAAUAAGUAUUGGUUUGUUCCCGUAUGAAUUACGGAUCCUUAAAGGUAUCGAGAUUUUCUGACUUACAGAAAAGGGUUUAUUCUAAAAGCAAAAGUUCUUGAGGCAUAUCGUGAACUCAAAAGUUGUUUGACAAUUUUUAACCUUUGCCGGCGUAUUGCCUCAUUUUCUAGGCUGUUGCUGGUGUAGUAUCGGGAGUAGCUGACUGCCUGUCUCUAUUCUUGUUGUUUCGUUUCAUCGCUGGUGCUGGUACCAUUGGCUGUAUAUUGGUCAAAUUUGUUUACUGUGUUGAGAUGGUCGCCAAUACUCAUCGAUCAUGGGUCGGUAUUAUAAACAUGAUGUUUCUCGGUAUUGGAAGCUCGCUGUUGUCGUUGAUGGCUUUCUUGAUUCCAAACUGGCGCUAUUUGAUGUUGGCGGCGACAAUACCAGCCUUCUUGCCUGGCGGUAAGUAAAACUAUUGCGUUGCUUUGAGUAAAAAAAUUUCGUUAUGGUUUCCACCAAAUAACAAGUGGUUUUAACGAAGAGGCCUGUCUGAUGAAAGAGAGAACUCGCCACUCCGCUUUAUAAAAGAUGAUUUAACAUCCACUUAGUCUCGGAAUUAAGACAAUUUUGGGCAAAAGUACCCUAUACUGUCUUAAAGAAACAGGGAGAACAUAGAAAAAAAUGUUGCAAUUUUCUUAGAAAGUACUUUACUCAUGUUUUACCCUGGGUGUCAGUCGUUUUUCCUCACGUGCGGCGGGAAUCUUCGGUGUCGGCCGAAACCACAAACUCCGAUCCACCCCUGGCCUUCCCCCUGCCAGCCACCGCUCUCCCACCAAAACCUGCGUUCCAUACAUCCUUGGUAAUUAAAGCUAAAACAAUAGUAUUGGUUUUAAAAUCAACCCCAAGUCGCUAACUACUCAUGCACGUACGGUAUACUCGCGUUAGGUGGAUUCCCAGAUCGCCUCGUUGGCUUAUCGCAAGCAACCAUUUAGACGAGGCUUAUGAAGUUCUCAUGAAAUAUGCCGAAGGAAAUAAAGUCCAACCGCCUGUGGACCCCACUCAUCUUAAACACUUGAUUCGAGUAGUUUGGGAGAAUGACGCAAGGAAAGAGACGGACAAAAAAACGUAUGGGUUUUUUGAUGUCGUCAAGACUCCAAGACUACGAAAAAGAUCUCUGAUCAUGUUUUUUAACUGGUAAGACUUUACUUUAGGGUGGGGGAGGGGUUAAAACAUAUAAUAGGUAGCUUAAGCGAAGGAGCUUUUGAGGGACGUAUGUCAACUGGAAGUGAGGCCUUUCCCCUUUUAAUAUGCCUUGAUGCAAACAAAUCUGUAUUGGCCGGUGUCUUUUCUCUUAUAGACACGAUUUGCCAGAGAAUUUGAGCAAAACCACUGCCCAAGAAUGCAAAACUUCUAUCUCCGUGGACCGUGCAUCGUUCAAGAACGCCUUUGCGUAAGCCCCUUUAUGAAAAAGUACGGCUAUCGUACUAAAAACCUGAGCUGAGGGGAAAGCGGGUAGCCUUGAACAGGGAAUUCGCAUUUGAAGGUCACCGAGUGUCAACCCUCCGCACUUCCGUUAAACCUCUCCGGAUACAGACACGUUCAUAAUGCGGACGCCCCCAUUACAGUUCUUUUGGUCCCAAAGACGCCAAACUUCGUAUAAUUGCUACCUCUAUAAUAAAAACACCUCUACAAUGUGGGGGCUUACUGUCCCUUUGGUGUCUUGCUUUCUUUUGUAAGAAAGGUUCACCAUAAUUAUUGCAUCUAAGAGAUAACCUUUCGAAAAGACCUCGAUUCGACGCAGACCCUUUUCUACUGGUGUUCAGUUGCUCAUAGUUUUGUAUUGAACCAUUUUUGGGUGGGUAAAGGGGAUGGGUAUAGUAUUGGGAAAAGUGCUGAGAAACAAGGCCCUUACGUUGUAAAAAUGUACAAAAUGAUUGGUCAUUCCUCCAUUCAUUGCAGUAUUCGGUGUUGUAGAAAGGACUUGUUUGUUAAGCUGGUUCAGUCUGUUCUUUUACGAGAUACUCUUAACAUCUGAGCAAAUCUCUGGAAUAGUUACUGUAGUUUAUUACAAUCUGCAGUCCUGAGUGCAGAGACUUUACCCCAUUCAUUAGGGUGCCGUUCUCGCUUCCCGCUGUUCCAAACUAUCACGUUUUCAACUUACAUAAGAACCGAUCGCGAGAAUGAUGCCUCAGUAGGGGUGAUGUUCUAACCCCAUAGCCGAGAUCAGUCACUUUUAAGUUUAAAAGUUGGCUUUGAGUAAUUAAACAAAAAUGGCUAUUACACUUAAUUACCCCGUACAAAAAGUUUAAGAAGGAAGCUUGACUUUUGUUCUGCAAAUAUUUUCCUAGGAACGUCAAUGCGAUUAUUUACUACGGUAUCAACUACAAUGUCCAUAACCUAGCUGGGAAUCUCUACUUAAAUGCUUUUAUUUUGACAACGGUUGGCUUCCCUUCCGCUGCACUGAACUGUUAUUGCCUAAAGAGGUGGGUAUCAUAGUGCGUUUGAUAUCAUUUGUGAUAUGAAGGUAUAAACAAUUUAGUUGUGUCUACCAGUUUGUAACUGCCACUAAGCAACCAGAACAACAACAACAACUACUACUACUACUGCUGUAGUAUUACGUACGCAGCGUUUAACAUUUAACUUUUUGCAAUAACAGGUGCGUGCUUCUACUAAUGUACCUGUUCAUUAAUGUCAGACUUAUAAAGCCUACAAGACUUGAAAUCCUUUGGGAUUGCUCACGCAGUCUUCAAAAAAGACUAGUACCAUUAACGAUCAGAAAUAUGUGCAAAGCGAGAAACUGAAUCUCUUUGUUUACUACGUACUAUUAAGUUAAAAGGAUGGGUUAUUGCAGGAGGAUAUAAAGGGGCCUCUUUUGGUUGUUGCUAGACACAAGAAAGGAGCUUAUACGCCUCUAGCUUCUUGAAUACUUAGCGAAUCUUCAAACUACAUCCGUGCAAUAACCAACAGUGGUGCCAAUCAUCGUUCCUGUCGAUUGUCGUAGGCAGCGUUCACACUUGGUGCCCGAACACGGUACAGUCAACCCCCUUUAUUGCGGACACUGUAGGGCUCUCGAGUUGGUGUCCUUAUUAGCGAAAGUCCAUAAUAGUGGUAGUUGAUUUCAGUGAAACAUCUGUAAUUUGUUUUGGCCGGAGAUUUAGCAACUGUCCGUGUUAUCGGGGUGUCCGUUAUAACGAGGUGUCCGCAAGGCGAGAGUUGACUGUACUCACUGGGUAGUAAUGUGAACACACUUAUUUUUCAAGUACCCACUCUAGAUUUCGGGCACUGUACCCAGGCACUGGUUCCCGGGAACCAAGUGUGGACAGUCCUUUAGUCAAGGUGACUCACCACAGUGAUUUGCCUAUUAGGUUUGGUCGCCGUCUAACUUACAGCACGUUCAUGAUGUGUUGUGGAGUGACCUGUCUUGUGGCUCUUUCAGUAAAAGGUGAGCCUUUGAUGGUAUCUUAUAUCAAAGCACAGUGCAUUUUAAGUUCAGAACAUCUGCGAGCAGAGGCGAACAGAUCAUAGGAGGAAACCCAAAAACAAUUACAUUUUUGAACAAUCCUGGAAUUUAGUUUAGUGGCAAAAUGCAACGCUAGUUUCAUUAAAAGGAUCAACCAGUUAAAAAGUGAUAUACAAUCCCUUCGAUGUAAGAAUUUCAGUCUCAAACAAGUGUAAGGUUUGAUAGGGGAGGUGUGGUAAAUGCCUGGGGGAGGGACACGCUUGGAAUUGACUGAGUCAUAAAGUUCGUGAUGUUUUUAAGACCUCUUUAGUGCACUGUGGUAAUAACCACAUAAUGUCAUUUACUUAACUGUCAUUAUGUAGAUUAUCCAGUGGUGCUCGUCGUACUUGUGAUGUCUGCAAAAUUUUGCAUCUCCAUUUCCUUCUCGGCGAUCUACUUGUACACGGCAGAACUUUACCCAACAGUCAUAAGGUAAAUGAGGAAGGCUUGGCGAUUUAGUGUGUUACUAAAUUCGGGCUUCGAGUUCGAGCAUUUCCGGCAUUGCGUAGUUUCCUGAGACAAAAAAAGAUUGCUUCAUGGCAUUACCUCCAAUACACCCAGGUAUCCUACGCUAAGCUAGCAUCCCUUCCAGGGGUGGUGGAAGGGGAAGUAUAGCAAUACUAGCGGCUUCUUUAUUCCGAUAUAAUCCCCGGCAUAAGAGGGUCGAAGAGGGGCUUUGGAUUAGCCUGGUAUGGGACCGUUUAGGGGUCAUCAUUAAAGCUAUUAUUUUUACAUCUACACAAUUUUGCCCCAGGAAAUGAUUGACCAAACGUCACGGAAAACUUAUGUGAAACAGCACGAAGAAACAUUUAGUGGCAGAUAAGAUCCCUUUCCGCCAAACUACAAAAUGAAUGGGUUACUUAUCAUGGCCUUAGUGUUACCUCCGGAGGAUCGCAGGUGGAAGGGAAUUAGUAGCUGAUUCGUAAUCGAAGUUUUACUGGAAAAAUGAACGUGUAGCUGUGAAAAACACAACUCCACCUCCCCUUCCCUCUCCUCUAAACCCAAAGAAAAUUAAGGCGAAAUUGAUAGAGGGUAAUAUAUUCCGGAGGUCGUCUAAGGCUACCUUGAACCAGUACUAUCCAGCCAGGAAAAGCAAGUAGGAGGUACGCUAGAGACUUAAAAUAUCUCCUGGUAGUAUUCUUUUAUUUAUCACUAUCAUUAUUAUUCAUAUUAAUUUUUUUUAGAAACAAUGGAGUGGGAUCUUGUGGAACUGUUGCCCGAAUUGGCGGAAUUGUUGCACCUUAUAUCGUUUUACUGGUUUGUAUAUUUACAUUACUCACAAUUUAUGCUACUUUUUUGAUGUAUUGAAGCUAAGAUUAAUUUGUCUUGGAUUAAAUGCUCUUUGAUAUCCCUCCCGUGGUACAUACAUAAAAAAAUCAAUACAAGUUUGUAAAGGCGUUACUCUUCGUCCAGGCCCUUACCUCGGUUAAACCAAUAAGUUAGAGUUAUCCUCUUUUACUUCUGUUAACGAUAUGUAUUUAUCAUUGCUACAUAUAGCACUGCGCAGUGUUACUAUUUACAGAUCGAAAACUCGGAUGAACUUUGUGAAAUUAACGUAAAAGCGACUUCCUCACUUUUAAUUGACGUGUAUCAUAAAGAUGACAUGUUAGCCUAUGAAAUUCAAAAUGACAGAAGUCAGACAAAAAUUGCAAAUAAGUCACACUGACGUUAUUCCUGCGCUGCGUUAUUUACCCACUUCCUCAAUUUUCCCACCCCACCCUACCGGAUACCAGUAAGACUCCCCCACACUAGAUUAAGUAACAAUACUAAAUUUUAAUUUCCUUAUUUGAUAGUCCGAUCUCCCAAAUCUGAUGAAAACAUUUCCUUUGUUGAUAUUUGGAGUAAUGGCGGUAGCCGCUGGUGUUAUGGCGUUUUGGUUACCAGAAACUCUAACGUCUCAAAUACCACAGACCGUCGAGCAAGCAGAGACAUGGGAAGAGGAUUAUAACAUCUACUGUUGCAAAAAGCCUGUGAUCCAGUCCACUCGCGGGUUCGCUACGGCAGAAGACGAAACAGAAACUUCCAUAUAA